AUGAAGAGGCGUAGGCAGACGAAGAAAAGAAGAAGAAGAGGAAGAAGAAGACGAAGAAAGGGGUAUUUCUAUGUUGAAGAGAGAGAGAGAGAGAGAGCAAGUCCAGAAGUGAAGACGGGAGGACAGCAAGCAGCAAGCAGCAACACAGAGAGGGAGGCAGGGAGAGGGAGAAUCAGUCAAGAGUCUCUCAGGGUAUCCAGCAUCCAGUAUCAAACUGACCUUUAUAUAUAUAUAUCUAUAUAUAAGAUAAGACCGAGGGUCAACCAUCAUAUCAACCCUCGUCGACUCUCUCCAUCGUCCACCACCCCGAAGAAUGCUAUCCUCACCACCACCGCCGGGGCUCGGCCAGGUGGUGAGGAUAGUUGGUGGAGAGAAGAGAAGAGAAGAGAAAGAAAAGAAGAAGAAGAAGAAGAGAAGAAGAGAAGGAAGGGAAGAGAAGGCCCCCUUUUUAUAGACUUCGUCAUCAUCUUCUCUUCUUCUUCUUUGGGUAUCUCCACGACUGUCAUCCUCACUCAUCUUACUCUUCUUUACUCUCUCUCUCUCCAAGUCGUCUCCAAGUCGUCUUCUUCUUCUUCUCUUCCUCUCUACUUAUCUCUGCUUAAAGAAGAAGAGAGUCAGAAGGACAGAAAGAUAGAAGAGAAGAAGAUAGAGAUAGAGAGAGAGAUGGAGAGUAAAAGAGAGAGUCUUGUCUUCUUUGGUCUUCUUCUUCUUCUCCUCUUCUUCUCUUCUUCUCUUUUGGCUAAGUUAACUACUGUUGACCUUAUCGAUAGGCACAUCUACUUAACUAGUCAAGGAGACAUCAAGGAUAGACAGUUGGAAGACAAGAGACAGGAGAUAGAGAUCUUCAUCUUCAUCUUCAUCUUCAUCUUCUUCUGUUUCAUCUUUUUAUCUUUUAUCUCUUCUUCUUUUUGUCUUCUAUCUCUUACUACUUCUCUUCUUCUUCUUUUACUUCUUUUACUACUUAUAUUACUUCUACUUCUUCUUCUACUCAUGUCGAGUGUCUCUUCCUCUGCAGACUCGAAGAUGCCCAAGGACGACUCUCUGGUCGGUGGUGGUGGUGGCAGUGGUGGUGGUGGUGAUGCUGCGACUUCGACGACUUCAACGACUUCAGCUUCAACGCCCCCGACGACCGACCUCCCAGACAAGCCGGUCGACGACUCCUCCAAGCUGCGCGCCUUUCUCUCCAUCCUCCGCAACUCCUCGAGCCCAUUCCAAAUCUCGGUCAGUCCUCAUACUUCUACUUCUACUUAUAUAUAUAUAUAUAUAUAUACAUACUUACUUAUGGAUAGAGUACUGGAACUACCUCGACAGGCCAGAGAGCUUUGCCAGGUGAGAUCUUUACUCUCUUUACUCUUUUUACUCUUAUUAGAUGCUAAGAUGAGUAGCAUAGGAAAGUCGGAUGACGAGCUGGGGCGCAUGCUCGAGGUCCUGCGCUUCUGGUUCACCAAGGACCUGUUAUUUAUUUAUAAGAGUAUGCUAAUUGAGAAGAAAUACGUCAAAGGGAAGCCCUGCAAGCCUUACAACUCGGUUCUCGGAGAGUUCUUCAGGUGCAACUGGGAGGUCAAAGACACCGAAGGGGCAGUCUCGCUUCCCCCAGCCAAGCCAGAAUCCAGCUCCAACUCCAAGUCCAACUCCGCCGCCCCGUCCAUCGCAUCCACCUCUGCCACCACCACCACCACUACCACUUCUUCUUCUUCUCCUUCUUCAGCCGAGACAGUCAAGAUAUCCUACAUCACCGAACAGACUUCCCACCACCCCCCCGUCUCCGCUUUCUGGGUAGACUGUCCCCAACGUGGCAUCACCGCCCGCGGGUUCGACCAGAUCAGCGCCAAGUUCACGGGCACCUCAGUCCGCAUCACCCCGGGACAGCAUAACCUCGGCAUCUUCAUCACCCUCGCCCGCCGCGACAACGAAGAGUACCGGCUCACCCAUCCAGACGCCCAUCUAGGUGGUCUCCUGCGCGGUGCCCUCUCGGUCUCCGUCGCUGAUACCUGCUACAUCACCUGUCCACGCACCAGGAUAAAGGCUAUCCUGCAGUACCUCGAGGACGGAUGGCUCAGUAAAGCCCAGCAUUGUGUCUCCGGAGCCGUGUUCAGAUACGAUCCUGACAACGACUGCAUCACUCGUAUCAAGGACAUCCCCGCGACACACCUGCUCGCCGAGAUCUCCGGCUCCUGGCACGAACGCAUAUACUUCAACCUGCCCUCCAACCCAAAGGAUAAACAGCUGCUCAUCGACGUCACGCCGCUCUUCCCCGCGGCCAAAAUCACCCCUCCCCCCGAAAAACAGCUCGCCUACGAAUCCCGUCGGCUCUGGGCAGACAUCACCGCCGCCAUCAACGCCAAGCAGUACUCCCUUGCCACCAGGCUGAAACACGAGCUCGAAGAGUCCCAGCGCUCCAAGGCCGCCUUGCGCAAGGAGAACAACCACGAGUGGACCCCCAGGUUCUUUACCGUCGCAGAACAGCAUAUCCAGCCUGGCAGACCGCAUCUGACGGAUGACGGUCGCAAGGCACUGGACAACUUACAUCGUGAUCUCUUUGACCUGGACGAGAAGCUGACUCCCUCGGGCGAGUUUGCUCGAUAA